CCCACUCGACCAUCAACAACCCGGGUACUUGGGAUCAUCAGCAGUCAUGUCUCACCGUAAGUACGAGGCUCCCCGCCACGGUUCGCUGGCCUACCUUCCCCGCAAGCGCGCGGCCCGCCACAGGGGAAAGGUCAAGUCGUUCCCUAAGGAUGAUGCCAAGAAGCCCGUCCACCUUACCGCCGCCAUGGGCUACAAGGCCGGCAUGACCACCAUCGUCCGCGACCUCGACCGCCCCGGCGCCAAGGCUCACAAGAAGGAGGUCGUUGAGGCUGUGACCAUCAUUGAUACCCCUCCUAUGAUCGUUGUGGGUCUGGUCGGCUACAUCGAGACUCCCCGCGGUCUCCGCUCCCUCACCACCGUCUGGGCUGAGCACUUGUCCGACGAGGUCAAGCGCCGCUUCUACAAGAACUGGUACAAGUCCAAGAAGAAGGCCUUCACCAAGUACGUCAAGAAGCACUCCGACAACAACGGUGCCGCCAUCACCCGCGAGCUCGAGCGCAUCAAGAAGUACUGCACUGUCGUCCGUGUUCUUGCCCACACCCAGAUUCGCAAGACUCCUCUCAAGCAGAAGAAGGCCCACCUUAUGGAGAUCCAGAUCAACGGUGGCUCCGUCGCCGACAAGGUCGAGUUCGGCCACGGCCUCUUCGAGAAGCCCGUCUCCAUCGACUCCAUCUUCGAGAAGGACGAGGUUAUCGAUGUCAUUGCCGUUACCAAGGGUCACGGUUUCACCGGUGUCACCGCUCGUUGGGGCACCAAGAAGCUUCCUCGCAAGACCCACAAGGGUCUCCGCAAGGUCGCCUGUAUCGGUGCCUGGCAUCCUUCCCACGUCCAGUGGACUGUUGCUCGCGCUGGUCAGGCCGGUUACCACCACCGUACCUCGGUCAACCACAAGAUCUACCGCAUUGGCAAGGGCGAUGCUGAGGACUCUGCUGCCACCGAGGUCGAUGUCACCAAGAAGAAGAUCACCCCCAUGGGUGGCUUUGUCCGCUAUGGCGAGAUCAACAACGACUUCGUUAUGGUCAAGGGCUCCGUUCCCGGUGUCAAGAAGAGAGUCAUGACUCUCCGCAAGUCCAUGUUCGUCCACACCUCCCGCAAGGCCCUCGAGAAGGUCGAGCUCAAGUGGAUCGACACCUCCUCGGAGUUCGGUCAUGGUGCUUUCCAGACCCCUGCCGAGAAGAAGCAGUUCCAGGGUACCCUCAAGAAGGACCUCGCUGCCAGCUCGUAAAUUGGCUGCUGCAGUUGAUCUUCUUGUUAGUCGGGUUGCAUUGGUGUCACGGUUUUUUCGUUGCUCUUUCGGGUCGGUCGGGAAAUGGGACUAUACCUAGCAUUUACGGCUUAAUAAAAAGCUGUUGAAGAACAAUGAAACGUUGAUCCAGUGUACUGCCAGAGAGAGUGUCCUUCAGCAAAAU